AUGGAGACAACAGCAACAACUCACGUUCUGGAGAUCAACUUGACAUCCGCACAAGGGCUUAUAGAGCCAUCAUCAGUUAUAUCCCAUCGUCACAUGAAAACCUAUGCUGUUGCUUGGGUUGAUUCAUCCACCAAGCUUCAUACUCGAGUUGAUCGUGUCGGUGGCCAAAACCCAACCUGGAACGAUAAGUUUCUCUUUGAAGUUUCACCCCAGUUCCUUUUCAGCAAAACUUCGGUUCUCUCUAUUGAGGUUUAUGCUGUUGGUUUCUUCCGAGAUAGGCUUGUUGGAAGCAUUCGUAUUCUUAUCGGCAACUUACUUUUAAUCGCUUCGGCUGCUGCGAUGAAGACCCCUUCUUUUGCUGUAUACUUAAUCCGCUGCCCUUCUAGUUCUGGGGGAUUCUUUGGAACCCUUAACAUUGGAGGAAUGGUUUUUGAUGCUUCUGUUCGUUUCCAGGCCUUAAGUAAAGUCUCUGCUAUCGAUUAUCAUGGUCUUAUAGGAGAGAAUCUUGAUUGCAAGAAUCAACCGAGAACAAACAAGUCUAAGGCUCCAGUUAAGCAUAUUAUGGAGUACAUUUCUAUUGAUUCUGGCGAUCAAUCGGAAGCUGGUGAUUCCUUAACUUCCUCAUCAUCACCACCACAUACGGUCUUGAUCAGGGAGUUAAGCUUGAAAGGAAGGAACGAAGAUCAUGGAGUUGCAACCGACCUGGUGCCUUAUGAAAUUGCUGAAGAGGUGAUUUCUGAUAAUGAAGAAAGUGUGGUUAAAUUGGAAAAAGACGUUAAGAUGAUCAUGGAUAAGAACAAGAAGCUAAGGGAGAUGGUUGAGAUGCUCAUGGUAGAAACAAAGGGGCAAUCAACAGUUAUAUCAGACCUGACUGCAAGAGUGAAAAGCCUGGAGAGGAAGUUGUCUAGGAAGAACAAACAGAGUAAGCCACAUUAUGGGAGAUCAGCAUCUGCACUGAAGUCCUAG